AUGUUAACAUUGAAUGUUCUGACUGCGCUGUUGGCACCAGGUGUACUAUCAUCUGCUUUGCCUGCUCGCGAUCUCCAUGCACGCGACUUGGAUACUGCUGGUGCUCUUAAAGGCAUCCUAAACAACAUUGGCGCCGAUGGGUCUGCUGUUUCUGGAGCAUCUGCCGGCAUUGUGGUAGCAUCCCCAUCCAAAUCGGACCCCGAUUACUUUUAUACCUGGACUCGUGAUGCAGCCUUGACAUUCAAGGUCUUGAUUGAUGAGUUUAUUGCCGGAGAUACGUCGCUGGAAUCUACUAUCCAGGAUUACAUCUCUGCUCAAGCGAAGCUGCAGGCUGUGUCUAACCCAUCUGGCGACUUGUCUGAUGGAUCAGGACUUGCAGAGCCCAAGUAUAAUGUGGACUUGACUGCCUUCACAGAUGCUUGGGGCCGUCCGCAGCGUGAUGGACCCGCUCUGCGAGCGACAGCUCUGAUCACCUAUGGUAACCAUUUGAUUUCGAAAAAGAAGGAGUCUGUCGUCAAGUCGAACAUUUGGCCCAUCGUGCAAAAUGAUCUCAGCUAUGUCGCGCAAUACUGGAACCAAACCGGGUUCGAUCUGUGGGAGGAGGUCCAGGGCUCCUCAUUCUUCACUAUUGCUGCCCAACAUCGUGCCUUGGUGGAGGGCAGCGCAUUUGCCAAGGCGCUGGGAGAGACCUGCGAUGGAUGUGAUUCCCAGGCGCCUCAGGUCCUAUGCUUCCUGCAAUCCUUCUGGAAUGGCAAGGCUGUCGUUUCCAACCUGGCUGACAAUGGUCGAACUGGUCUCGAUGCGAACUCCGUGCUUGCCUCGAUCGGAAACUUCGACCCUAAGGGUACUUGCGAUGACAUUACCUUCCAGCCUUGCUCUGCUCGUGCUCUGUCAAACCACAAGCUAUAUGUUGACUCGUUCCGUUCGGUCUAUGAUGUGAACAGCGGUAAGAAGGCUGGAACUGCCGUUGCUGUUGGACGUUAUGCCGAAGACACUUACCAGGGCGGCAACCCAUGGUAUUUGACAACACUGGCGGCGGCCGAGCAGCUGUAUGACGCUCUUUACCAGUGGGACCAACAAGGAUCGCUCGCCAUCACCGGAACUAGUCUUCCUUUCUUCAAGGAUCUGGUUUCAUCUGCCGCUACCGGAAAGUAUCCCAGCUCUUCGGACACUUACACUUCCAUCACUAAAGCGGUCAAAACAUAUGCCGAUGGAUUUGUGGCUGUUGUCAACAAGUACACGCCCAGCGAUGGAGCUCUAGCCGAACAAUUCACUCGGGCCGACGGCACUCCGGCCUCUGCUAGUGACUUGACCUGGUCUUAUGCGGCGUUCCUAUCUGCUGCCCGUCGUGGGGCUGGAAAAGUGCCCGCUAGCUGGGGCGCGUCGAGUGCUAAUAAGGUGCCGACGACGUGUAAAGGAAGCUCGGCCGCGGGAAGUUACACGACACCAUCAGUCGGCUCGUGGUAA